AUGCAGUGCUUCUGGAGACAACCCAAACAGAGCAAAUCCCAGGACAACGUCUUGCAGGAACAGAGCAAUAGAGUGGCAACGCAGAAUGGCAUCAGACUGGGCCUGCAAGAUGACAGGGAUCUGAUAUUCCUCCUGAAGGGCAGCCAGCUGCUGAAAGUGAAGUCCAGCUCUUGGAGAAAGGAGAGGUUUUACAAGCUCCAGGAAGACUGCAAAACCAUAUGGCAGGAAUCCAAGAAGAUGCUGAGGUCUCCAGAAUCACAGCUCUUCUCCAUUGAAGAUAUUCGGGAUGUGAGGCCCGGUCACAUGACAGAGGGGAUGGAAAAGUACGCCAAAGAUGUCCCUGAGCAUCGCUGUUUUUCCAUCAUCUUUAAAGACCAACGGAAAAACUUGGAUCUUAUCGCCAGUUCUGAAGAUGAUGCCAACCACUGGACUGCAGGCCUGAAGAAAAUCAUAGCCAAGAACAAUUCCAUGAGCCAGAGGCAGAAACUCCAACACUGGAUUCACUCCUGCUUGCGGAAAGCCGAUAAGAACAAAGACAACAAGAUGAGCUUUAAAGAGCUCAAGAGCUUCCUGAAAGAAGUGAACAUUCAAAUGGAUGACAGUUAUGCCAAGCAGAUCUUUCAGCAGUGUGACAAAUCCAAGACAGAGACCUUGGAAGAUGAGGAGAUAGAGACAUUUUACAAGAUGCUGACUGAGCGGGCGGAGAUAGAUGGGAUCUUCGCAAAAUACUCCAGUGCUGAAGGGAUCAUGUCCAGGGACAACCUGCUGAGGUUCCUCCGAGAAAAGCAGCAGGAGGAGGACGCUGUCCCUGAAUCUGCACUCUCCCUGAUCGAGAGAUAUGAACCCAACGAAACAGCCAAGAAACAACAGAUCAUGACCAAAGAUGGUUUCCUGAUGUAUCUGCUGUCUGCUGAGGGGAACAUAUUCAACUCCUCUCACAGUAAAGUUUACCAGGACAUGACUCAGCCCCUCAGUCACUACUUGGUGUCGUCGUCGCACAAUACCUAUCUAAUGGAAGACCAGAUCAGAGGGCCCAGUAGCACAGAGGCCUAUAUCAGAGCCCUGACCAAAGGCUGCCGCUGUGUGGAGCUGGACUGCUGGGAUGGUCCUAACUCAGAGCCUGUCAUUUAUCAUGGCUACACACUCACCUCCAAGAUCCUCUUCAGUGAUGCCAUAAAGGCCAUCAAGAACUAUGCUUUCAAAACCUCUCCAUACCCGGUAAUCAUUUCCUUGGAGAACCACUGUAGCCUGGAACAGCAGAAGAUGAUGGCUCAGCACAUGAAGACAAUCCUAGGGGACAUGCUGCUGGUAAUGCCAGUUGAUGGAAAUACAUCAGACUUCCCCUCGCCGGAGCAAUUAAAGGGGAAGAUCCUUGUGAAGGGAAAGAAGUUGAACAGCCUGGAGGACACCAUAGGGAUGAACGGGAACAGUAGCAUAGAGGCUGAAGAUGUCUCCGAUGAGGAUGAAGCAGCCGAAAUGGAAGAUGAGUCUGUGAAGAAGGAGGUAGAGCAGAAGAGGACGAGCGCCAAAUUAAAGCUGGCCAAGGAGUUAUCGGACAUCGUCAUCUACUGCAAGAGCGUCCACUUCCAGGGCUUCGACAACACCACCUCCCCCCGCGCCUUCUACGAGAUGUCGUCCUUCACCGAGAGCAAAGCCCAGAAACUGGCGCAGGAGUCAGGAACCAGUUUUAUUCAUCACAACAUCAGGCAUUUGAGCCGGGUCUAUCCUGCUGGCUGGAGGACAGAUUCUUCCAACUAUAACCCAGUUGACUUGUGGAACGUUGGCUGUCAGAUCAUUGCCUUGAAUUUCCAGACGCCAGGCCCAGAAAUGGACAUUUACCAGGGUCGAUUCCAGGACAAUGGGUUUUCUGGGUAUGUCCUAAAGCCACGCUUCCUUCGGGACAAGCAAUCCAAAUUCAAUCCAAAAUCCAUCACAGAAGGAGCCUGGUGGAUGCGGAAGAAACUCCAGAUUAAAAUCAUCUCCGGCCAGCAGCUGCCCAAGGUGAACAAAAGCAAAAACUCCAUCGUCGAUCCAAGGGUGACGGUCGAGAUCCAUGGGGUCCAGCGGGACAAUGGCAAGAAACAAACCAAAGUCAUUGAAAACAACGGGUUCAACCCAAAGUGGGAUGAAGAGUUUGGAUUUGACAUUGACGUCCCCGAACUCGCACUGGUCCGUUUUGUGGUGGAAGACUUUGAUGUAUCAACCAAAAAUGACUUCAUUGGACAGUACACCAUCCCCUUUACCUGUCUAAAACAAGGCUACCGCCACAUUCAUCUUUUGACCAAGAAUGGGGACCCAUACCCAUCAGCCAUGCUUUUUGUGCACAUCAAUAUUCUGGACAAUAAUUAG